GCAUCAAUGGAGAGCGUUCAAGUCAUGGAUCGUCCAGUGACCCAGCAAGGGUUGUCGGGCAUGAGGACAUCACAGACGAGGUCUGGGAGACAGGUGCAAGACAAGAGCUAUUUCAAAGCACAGCUGAGGAACCGAAUAAAUGCCCUGUCGUCCGAGAUAGCCCUAUUCAAUAAGGAGAUGACUGAAAUCGCGCGAGAAAGUCAGUCAUACAAACAGUACCAACGUCGGCGCCAAUUAUUACUGGAAGAAGUUAAAGGUCUGGAAGGAGAGCUAGCUGAUUAUAACCUCACGCUCGAUAAGCAGAGAGCCAACAUAAGAUCAGACGAGCUCGAAAGACAGUACAUGAGUGUAAAAGAGAAGAAUGUAUUUGGGAAACAACAGAUUGACGAGGUCUUCCUUCAAAAGAAGGAACGCGAGGAGGAUUUGGCUACACUUGAGCAUGCAUUAUUCGUGAGCUAA